UCGGGCGAGCUCUCGCGAGGUUAUGCAGAUGAGCGGCGCCAUGGCUCCCAGCUCGCUGGGAUAGCGGGCGGGCGGGCGAGAAGAAGGCAGAAGAUGGCGGACGCCAAGCAGAAGCGGAACGAGCAGCUGAAGCGCUGGCUGGGCUCGGAGACCGAGCUCCAGCCGCCCGUGCUCAAGAAGAAGAAGACCAAGGUCAAGUUCGACGACGGCGCCGUCUUCCUGGCCGCCUGCUCGAGCGGCGACACGGACGAGGUGAAGAAGCUGCUGGACCGCGGCUCCGACAUCAACUACGCCAAUGUGGACGGGCUGACGGCGCUGCACCAGGCAUGUAUAGAUGAUAAUUUGGAUAUGGUGAAAUUCCUAGUGGAACAUUCUGCAAAUAUUAACCAGCCAGAUAAUGAAGGUUGGAUACCACUACACGCAGCUGCCUCUUGUGGAUAUGCAGAUAUAGCAAUGUAUUUAAUUAGUCGUGGAGCAAAUGUAGCUGCAGUCAACAGUGAAGGAGAGACUCCGUUAGAUAUAGCUGAAGAAGAAGCUAUGGAAGAACUCCUGCAGGAAGAAAUUAGUAGGCAAGGUGUGGAUAUAGAGGCAGCUCGGAAAGAAGAAGAACGAAUAAUGCUUCGUGACGCCAGGCAGUGGUUAAAUAGUGGGCAAAUUAAUGACACCAGGCAUCCAAAAUCUGGGGGAACAGCUCUUCACGUAGCUGCAGCUAAAGGCUACUCCGAAGUCUUAAAGCUUCUCAUCCAAGCAGGUUAUGAUGUAAAUAUCAAAGAUUAUGAUGGCUGGACCCCCCUUCAUGCUGCAGCACACUGGGGUAAAGAGGAAACCUGCCGAAUCCUCGUAGAAAGCUUCUGUGAUAUGGAGAUGGUCAACAAAGUGGGUCAGACAGCAUUUGAUGUAGCAGAUGAAGACAUCCUUGGGUACCUGGAAGAGUUGCAGAAAAAACAGAAUUUGCUUAUCAGUGAAAAGCAAGCAAACAAAUCCCCAUUGAUCGAGUCAACCACGACAAUGGAAAACAAUCAACAAUUAAAACCCAUCAAAACUAAAGAAACCCUGCUGAAUGAGCAGAAGAUUACAGGUCACACAGAAUCCCUGGAGCAGGAGAAAGCGGGUGAGGAAGAGGAGGGUAAGAAAGACGACUCUAGUUGUUCCAGUGAAGAGGAGGAGGAGGAGGACUCAGAGUCAGAAGCAGAGACAGAAAAAGGCAAACCUACAGCAACUGUAAAUAUUGUAAACCGUGUGAAUAAUGGAAGUGCACAGUCUGCAGCAGUGACCCCAUCAACUGUACCCACAAGUCAAGUUACUCCUACAUCGCCAGUGAAAAAGUUUGCUGCUCCAUUUAUCAAGUAUUCAAAGGAGGAAGAAAAGAAGAGGAAAGAUGAGGAAGAAAAGAAAGAUGCAUCUCCAGCUUCUUGGAGGUCAGGACUUCGGAAGACUGGAAGCUAUGGUGCAUUAGCUGAAAUCAGUGCUUCCAAAGAGACGCAAAAGGAGAGAGACAUCACAGGUGUGAUGCGCUCUGCCUCAAGUCCUCGACUCUCAUCCACUCUAGAUAACAAAGAGAAAGAGAAGGAUCAGAAAGGAACGAGGCUUGCUUAUGUUUCGCCUACAGUUCUGUCUAGAAGAUUAGCUAGUACGUCAGACAUCGAUGAUAGAGAAAUCAGAGAUUCUGCAAGUAACUUUGUGCGCAGUGGUUCUUACACAAGGCGGCGUUGGGAAGAAGACCCAAAGAGGAAAGAAAUGAACCACACCACCACCACUGAAGGGCUUACAACACAAAAUGCUGCUGUCACCAACGUAGUGCCUAGUUAUCAAAGAAGUAAUCCGUAUCUGCUAGCGAUAGGCAGAAGUAGCAGUGCCAGACAUCUCCCAGCCAGCUCUUCCUCAAGCACCAGCUUGGAUCCUACUAAUUCUCAGUCUAGGCAACCAACUUCAUCUCAGUACUCAUCCUACAGCAUCUUCAGAAGUAGUUCUUUUGGUAGAAGAAAAGAGGAUCAAAUCAGUACUGUUCAAAGUGCCAUUUCAACCAACACCGUAGCAACUGUUACCUCAUCAAACAGCCUGCAAUCCAUUCCCAGGAUAGCUGCCUCCACUUCAUCGGGCAGCACCUCAAAUCGUUUCUCGACGGGGGACAAUACUGAGAAAGACAAAGAAAAUGUUCCUUCAGCGGUUGCUACAACUGGCACUGUCUCCUCAACAACGGAGGUCAGAGAGAGACGCAGGUCGUAUUUAACUCCUGUCCGGGAUGAAGAAUCUGAAUCGCAGAGAAAAGCCAGGUCGAGGCAAGCAAGGCAGUCAAGAAGGUCAACACAGGGCGUAACACUAACAGACCUGCAAGAAGCUGAGAAAACAAUCGGGAGGAGUCGUGUUGACCGUCGAACUCGAGAACAAGAGGAGAAGGAAAAGGAGGAGAAAGAAAAGCAAGACCGAGAAAAACAAGAGGACAAAAAUCAAUCAGAAGCUCGAGAUGAUGAGAAGCAACGGUUUAACAGAAACACUGAAGAGCCUAAUCAACGCGUCAGACCAAGCAGCACAUCGUCCACAACUGCCACAGUCUCUGCCCUAAAUAGUUCGUACUUCUCCUCCCAACUAAGUCGACCCAAUAGUCUGAUAGGCAUUACGUCUGCUUAUUCAACUUACUCCCGAAGUUCCGGGGAAACGGAUAAAGGAACAGACAAAAGGGAAGACGAGAGGGAUGGUGAAGAGAAGUUGGACGAUAAGUCACAAAAUAAACCAUCAGUCAGAGAACGGCGGAGACCAAGGGAAAAACGAAGAUCCACAGGGGUUUCUUAUUGGACCCAGGAUAGUGAUGAGAAUGAACAAGAACAGCAGUCAGAUACAGAAGAUGGAACAAAUAAAAAGUGCCAGAAUGACAGACUUUCAAGGUUUGGCACUGGAAUUUCUAGCACUGCACCCAACGAGGGUUCUGACCUAUCGUCCAGUCGAACUGGUUCAUGCAAAGAAAGUAGACUUGCGCCCCACAGCCGAGUGGGAAAGGAAGAUGCAUUGGAUUAUAAAAAGCUUUAUGAACAAUUCCUAGCAGAAAAUGAAAAGCUUAAGGCAAGUCUACAUGACACAAACCUUGAGCUGACGGAGUUGAAAGUUCAGUUGGAAAAAACAACACAGAGGCAAGAAAGGAAAGCUGAUCGGUCGAUGCUGGAGAUGGAGAAAAGGGAAAGAAGAGCUUUGGAGAGGAAGAUAGCUGAAAUGGAAGAGGAGCUUAAGAACCCGCAACAAGUAAAUCAGAUUCAGACUCUGAGGCAGUUAAAUGAGCGACUACUGGCUGAGAAUAGGGCUCUGACCCGAGUGGUUAUCAAGCUUUCUGAGUCCUAUAGGCAGCUGCAGGCUGUGGACUUGUAGCUCCUUUUCUUUUCUUCAUUACUGCCCUUCGCAGCCAGAUGUUACCGGACUUGAAAGCAGAUAACCAGAGGCUGAAAGAUGAAAAUGGAGCUUUGAUCAGAGUCAUCAGCAAACUUUCCAAGUAAACAGGAUUCUAAUUGCUGUUGUUGCCGUUGUAUGAUAACUCCGAACUAGUGUUGUCAGCCAAGUGAAUCAAAAGGAGAUGGUGCGCCCAUCUUGAAGAAAAUCCUUGUGCAAACCUGUUUAAUGUCUAUAUAUGGAUAUCUAUAUUUAUAUAUACAUAUAAAUGUAUGGCCAUUUUAACAGAAACUGAAACUGCUGAAGAAAUGAAAUACCUGAAACUCUUGUUUACAGUGAAAAGAGGAAGACAUUUGAAAGGCAGAAGCGCCUCUGAUACUAAGCCGGAAAGCCUUACUUGUACAUAAAACCUGUCAGAGGCAGUUAAGAAUCCAACACGAUUUAACUGUGCCACAGAACUGUUGUUUUCCUCCUUUGCACGCUUAAGAGUGUUUAAUAUGUGCUUAACCACCCAUGUGCCAGUUCAAGUUGGGACAGUAUUCACAGAACCAUCCAUUUUGAAAAUGAUGCAUCCAAGCCCUAUAGAGGAGGUAGCUGCAAGUACUGAUGUGUCCCUCUGUAUUGAUCAGAUAGAUUUGGUGAAACAUUUGCUUUCACUGUUUGUGCAAUAUGCAUUUCUUUAAGAUGCUUUAACAAGUCAGUUGAAGUAGAUAUAUUUUACAAAAAAUUAUCUUUGUCUUCAUCUGUCACAUUUUUUAAGUCUAGCGUAAAUUCUUGGGUAAUCUGUAGCCUUCACUUUAAUUUUAGCAGGUACUGAGUGUGUGUGUGUGUGUGUGUGUGUGUACUGUUUUAAGUUUCAGCGCACCAUGUAUGCGUAAUGGUUACACAAAACAGAUUACUCCAAGGUGCAUCUUUUUAAUGAAAAUGAGGUUUUAAGGCUUAAAAAGUGCAUAUUCAUGAAAUGAUUUCUUGGAAAAGUGUGGUGUCUUGAAUGGUAAACGGUACAUUUGAUGUGGGAUUUCAAUAUUCACUGAUGCAAAGAUGUGCAUCAAAAUUCCAUGAGGUUUCUCACUCUGAUUUGCAUACUGUGAAUCACACCAGGCCAUUUAAGCUCUUGCCAAAGUAAUAUCACUAAAAACAAGUGUUUGUGUGGGGAACUAAAUUAUGGCGUUCACAAACUUUUUUGUUUUGUAUCCAUGAUGGCUGACUGGAAGAGUUGCUGAUAGUUGGAAAACCAUCGUGACAAAGUCCGGAAAUCAAAACGCACUUCCUAUAUUUUGGUGGCCUUUUAAAGAUGAUUUCAGUGAACUCUCUUACCAUUAGACCAAUAUUGUGCAUCACCCCUAGUUUAUUUUGAAUAUAUAUUUAAACAUCAGUGUGACUUAAUACGGCGCAUUAUAUGUCAAAUAAAACCACUGAAGAGUU